UGUGAUGUAUAUAUACACACGAGAGGGUUUGGCCUUUGAUGAUUAUCAAACCUCUGUCACAUACUUCACCAGAAUAAUAGAGAACAAGCGUGUCCAUAGCUAUAAGCUGAACGAGUCUUUCCCAUCCUUGGUUCCCUGCUAAGUUGUGCAAAUUUUCUGGCUUUUUCUUCCUCUUUGAAAUGGAGAACAAGACGGGACUGCUGAGAGUUCAUAUUCAGAGAGGGGUGAACCUUGCAGUUAGGGAUGUGAGAAGCAGUGACCCUUAUGUUGUUAUCAAAAUGGGAAGACAGAAAGUGAAGACUCGAGUGGUGAAGAAGAAUACCAAUCCAGAGUGGAAUGAAGAUUUAACUCUUUCUGUUGCAGAUCCGAGUCUACCAAUCAAACUUUCAGUGUAUGACAAAGACACAUUUUCUCUGGAUGAUAAAAUGGGGGAUGCUGAGUUUGAGAUUGGCCCAUUUUUUGAAGCCUUGAAGUUCCCCUUGAAAGGCCUCCCAAGUGGAACCAUAAUUCAUAGGGUAGUACCAAACGGGCAAAAUUGUCUUGCAGAAGAGAGCCAUAUUGUCUGGACCCGCGGCAAACUUGUUCAAAAUAUGAUUCUUAGACUGCAAAACGUGGAGUGCGGGGAGGUGGAACUCCAGCUGCAGUGGAUAGACGUUUCUGGUUCGCUGGGCUUGUAGUACAAAUCUGCUCUACAUAUGUUAAUCCAUCUUAGCCUGCAUAAGUUUUUGUGCUAGAUUUAGGACACACUGCGAAAUAAAAUAUAUCGAUACUAAUUAUUUCUAGAA